AUGAACCAACUAGGCACAAGCCAAGAAGACAUGAGCCAAUCAGGCACCAGCCUACCUAGUAUGAACCAACCAGGCCCCAGUCAAUCAGACACAAGUCAAGAAGGUAUAAGCCAAACAAGCAUGAGCACGUACCUAACUAGUAUGUACCAACCAGGCACAACCCAACUGAGCAUAAGCCAACCAGGCAUGAGCAAACCAAGCACAAGUCUAACUGAUAUAAACCAACUAGACAAGAGCCAACGAAGCAUAAGCCAACCAGGCAUGAGUCAGUCAGGCACACCUGGUAUGAACCAACCAGGCCCCCGUCAACUGGACACAAGUAUAAAACAACGAUGCACAAGCCUACCGGACACACAUCAACCAGGCAUGAGUCAAGCAAGCAUGAGGCAACUAGUCAGAAAUUCUUUCAGAAUAAGACCAGCAGAAGCCCGAGACUGCCCUGAAAUACUGCGCCUGAUUAAAGAAUUGGCUGCUUGUGAAAACAUGCUAGAUGCAGUAAAGUUAACAGUACCAGAUUUACUCAGGGAUGGUUUGGGGGAAAGUCCCCUUUUCUACUGCCUGAUUGCAGAAGUAUACAAUCAACAUAAGCCAUCAGGUAAAACCAUUGGAUUUGCCAUGUACUACUUUACAUACGACCCCUGGAUUGGCAAGUUACUUUACCUAGAGGACUUUUAUGUCAUACAAGCUUACAGAGAUCUAGGUAUUGGAGCUGAAAUACUGAAGAGGCUAAGUCAGAUAGCCAUCAGAAGUGAAUGUAACUUCAUGCAUUUUCUUGUCAUUUGGAACCAGACUUUUAUUGACUACUACACUCAUCGAGGGGCUUUAGACCUUUCCUCUGAGGAGGGUUGGCAUCUGUUCAGAUUUAACAGAGAAGAACUUAUGGAAAUGGCACAGGAUGAGUGA